UAUUGUGGGACUUGUGGUUUUUUGACUUUUAAAAUAUUUAAACAGAAAUAGCGCAAACUGAUUAACAAAAUACAGUUCCCUACAGCCCUUGUGUUGACCCCGGAAGACCGUGUAGCCGGUAGACGUGUCUAGCCAAAGGAUUCUUGAGAAAUUGCUUUCACACUUCAACGAACAUAUUUGAUAUGUUAAAGUAACUUACAAAUAUAGAUAUAUAUAUAUUCAUUUAUUUAUUUAUUUCAGUUCUGUUUCGUUCAAAGAUGCAUACCGCUUUUGCUUUAACCCUAGUUUUUGUUGGCUGCUGCAGUAAUGUGGUGUUUUUGGAACUUUUAGUAAGGGAUUCCCCAGGAUGUGGGAACAUUGUAACGUUUGCUCAGUUUUCAUUUAUUGCAUUGGAGGGUUUCAUCUUUGAAGCCAAUUUUGGAAGGAAGAAACCAGCCAUUCCAUUUAGCAACUAUGUGAUUAUGGUGACCAUGUACUUCGCAGUGAGCGUUGUGAACAACUAUGCCCUCAACUUCAACAUAUCCAUGCCCCUGCAUAUGAUAUUCAGAUCAGGUUCCUUAAUAGCAAACAUUAUUCUGGGAAUCAUUAUAUUGAAGAAAAGAUACACAAUUACAAAAUACGUUUCCAUAGCUCUUGUGUCAUUGGGAAUUUUUAUCUGCACUAUCAUGACGGCUAAACAAGUGGCCUCAGAACCAAGUGCCAAUGAAGGAGAAAGUUUCUAUCCUUUUCUACGUUGGCUGUUUGGUAUUGCUAUGCUGACAUUUGCACUCCUCAUGUCAGCGAGGAUGGGGAUUUUUCAGGAGACGCUCUAUAAGAAAUAUGGCAAGCACUCCAAGGAGGCCCUGUUUUACAAUCACUGCCUUCCAUUGCCUGGUUUCCUUCUGCUUGCCAGUGAUAUCUACAAUCAUUCAGUUCUCUUCAGUCAAAGUGCUCCUGUUGAUGUUCCAGUGAUUGGCAUAAAGGCACCUGUGAUGUGGUUGUACCUUUCAAUGAAUGUUUUAACUCAAUAUGUUUGUAUUCGAGGAGUUUUUAUUCUGACGACUGAGUGCACAUCUCUUACCGUCACACUGGUGGUGACCCUGCGUAAAUUCAUCAGCCUCAUUUUCUCAAUAAUGUACUUCAGAAAUCCCUUCACUGUGUGGCACUGGAUUGGAACACUAGUGGUCUUCAUUGGAACACUGAUGUACACUGAAGUGUGGAACAGUGUCAGGACUCUUCAUCGUGGGGACAAGGAAGAAGCAAAAAAGGAUUAAGUGGCUGUAUUAUAGGACGAUUUCUAGCUGUGAUAUUGUAUACUGGAGCAUUGGCAAAAUGUAAAUUCAGUUCAGUUACGUUCCAGUACAUAAUACAUUUUUAUCAUACAGUUUUGUUUUUGAAGAUCAACAUUGUGCUACAAUAUAAUGCCGUUUCUAAGCUAGAAAUUGGAUAGGAAUUACAGAGUCUAUUUAAAUUCUCUAAAGAGUGGUAGACCUUGAUGCAGACACACUUUAACUCUAGAUAAGUGAUGUAUGUUUUUUUCUGCAGGAGUGAUUUAUAGUCCCCUUUAAAACCAUCACUAAAUACAAUAAAAAUACAGUGGAAUGAUUCUGGAAAGGGUUAAAAAUGUUAGGGUGUCGGAAUUAAGAUCUGACACAGUUUAGGUUUUUAAAAUAGACCCCAUUUAUGUAGUUUUUUAAUGUAUGUGUGCUUUAAGGAUCCAUAGAAAAGUUCAUUGUAAAUGUUUCAUUUUGAAUCAGUGAUAUUGAAACAUGACUGACAUUGAAUGACUGAUUUACUGUAGAUUUUGCUGGACACUUUCUCAAUGUUUUUUUUUUUUCUAUUUUAACUUGAUCCCAUGUGUGAAGGCUGUUAGACAUUGAGUAUUUUUAAAGAUGGUGUACCAGAGGUGCCAUACGUAGUCCACUUUAAACAAAUUUGUAUUUUUAAUCAAGCAAUGGAUCCUUUUAAUGAGGUGCAAAUAAUACAUGGCUUAAUUGCCCAAGACAUAAUUAUAUGAGGGGGUGGGAAUGGCAGGCUGUAUGUUUUAUUUUUAGCAAUUACAUCCUUUACUAAGUAAAGUACAAUACAUUUCAUUUUAGAUUAUUUAUUGGGAAAAGGGGAAAGUAAAAAGUAAAAAGAUUUAUUGGGAAAAGUAAAAAAAGGUGAUUUUUAAUAAAUUACAAAUAGGCGAAGAUAUUUAAUAUAGAGAAAACAAGUCACUAUGGAAAUCCCCUAUGAAUAUAUAUUUAUUUGGAAUUUUUUUUUUUUUUCUUAGGAUAUGUAGUAUGUUCUGAUUGAGGUUCAUUGUGUUCUUUUACUUGGUUAGAGAGAUACUAUUUUAGCAGUUAUAUUUAAAACAGUAGUGAUACUAGUCACCUUGUGGCACCCCAAUCAAUAAUCUGUCAAGCUAGAUAACCUUUUGAAUGUAUGUGUUUGAAGAAUUUUUGUACUGGAUUGAAUUGUGGUGCUUGAAAUGCUAAGAUUUACUGGUACAAAAUGAACUAACUCUUAUUGGUAAAGCCUUUUACGAAUGAAUAUUAUAAAUAUUAGAAACUCUGAAAUAGAUAUUUGUUGUUUUUCACUUUGAGAACCUAUAUACCGAUAUGGUUUUGGUUUCCUAAACAGUGAUCGUUUUCUCACUUGGUUACAGAUACAUAAACAUGAAUAGAUUUCACUAUGCAAGCAAGAUUCUGUAAAAGAUGGUCUACAAGGUCCUGAUUUUACCUGAUAUUUUGAUGGAAAAAAGUAAACAAUAUAUACCUUGAAGAUGUUAACAGUAACUGACCAAGACUGUGGUAAAUUAUAAAAUAGUGUGAAAGGA